AUGCUACAUCAGUUCUUAACGAAACUCAAGUUAAAGCAAAGCUUAAAGCUACAGUUCUAUUUGAAUAUAAACUUUUCAAAAAGUAUUAUCGAAACAAUGAAAGUUUUGCUAUUCGUUGCCUUUGUGUUGGCUAUCUUUGUUACACAAGGUGAAGCCGGUUGGUUAAGAGAUUUUGGAAAGAAAAUUGAACGUGUUGGUCAACAUACUCGCGAUGCCACCCUUCAAGUUAUUGAUAUUGCCCAAAAGGCUGCAAAUGUUGCUGAAACAUUUAAAGGAUGAUUAUGAAGCAGACUGAUUUUUUAGGAUAACAAAUUUAAGAUAUUGUAUAAAAUAGAUAUUUAUUUAUUAAAAAUUUAUAAUAAACCAUUUCAAUUAACAAAAGUU